AUGCGCUCGCUGUUAGUCCUUUCAUCAUUUGGUGUUACAACUUGUGCAAUUUUCACGUACGACUAUGUCAUCGUAGGAGGCGGUACAACAGGACUGGUAGUCGCAAAUCGUCUGACGGAAGAUGCUUCGAAAACGGUACUUGUCAUUGAGAACGGCAUUCUCGAUAAUGGCACCACGUCCAGUAUACCCGGCAACUCGGGAGGUCUCAAUCUUGCCGCCAUGUACGACAUCUACGGCGCGCCUGUUCCGAACCUUGGCAAUCAGACGUUUCGUGUCACUGUUGGUAACGUGGUCGGAGGCGGCUCUUAUGUCAAUGGUAUGCAAUUUGAUCGCGGCGCUGACGCGGACUACGAUGCAUGGGCUGAGCUCGGUAACGAAGGCUGGGGUUGGAGCGACUUAGAGCCAUACUUCAAGAAGAGUAACGAAUUCGAUGCGCCAAGCCAGGAGACCAUAAAGCAGUUCGGCAUCACUUACGAAGACGAUGCCUAUGGCAAUGGCCCGCUCAAAGUAUCGAUACCGGACUACCAGUACCCAGAUAUGAAGACCAUCUUCCAUUCAUGGGACGACGUCAACAUCCCUCAUCCAAAGGAGGGCUUCAAUGAGCCAGUCGGUGCGUACUGGUCACCCAACUCGAUCAACAAGAAGACUUCGACGCGUAGCACUUCGCGUUCUGCGUACUACGACCCUAUCGUGUCGCGAAGGAACUUGAAACUCCUAACAAACACUCACGUGGACGAAAUCACUUUUGAAAAGUAUAGGGUCGGCGCAUUAGUCGCCACUGGUGUAAAAUACACUCCCAGACAGACCAACAAGCAGACCGAAGUGUUUGCAGCAAAGGAAGUUAUCCUGGCUGCUGGUGGAGUGUUUACACCACAUCUCCUCAUGUAUUCUGGCAUCGGACCAAAAGAUGUGCUUGUAGACGCCGGUAUAGUCGUGAAGAAGGACCACCCCGCGGUUGGCUCCAACUUCCAAGAUCACGUUCCAAACUACAUGAACUUCGAACUCCAAGGGCUCAACCCUGAGAAUCCGGGAGCUCUCAACACGAAUAGCACCUUUAACCAGACCUCUUACGAUCAAUACCUCAAAGAUCGCAGCGGCCCAUACUCUGUCGGCAAAGCUCAAGGGCUGGUGUUUAUUGCACUGCAGCAUUUUGACUCAGCCUUCAAGCAGACAGUAUCCAAGAUCCGGUCGCAAAUCGCAAGCAACUUCCUACCACCUCGUUACUCCAGCAACAUGAACCUCCUCGCUGGGUAUGAAAAGCAGCGUGAAAUCCUCGCGCAUCAGUUCUCUGAAGCUGAUGCCGCGGUGGGCGAGCUUGCUAUCCAUGCUGACGGCUUCUCUGGUAUCGCAAAUAAUAAGCCUCUCUCGCGCGGUACUAUCACGCUUAACAACACCCAUCCUGAAGCAUUCCCUAUCGUGCAGUGGAACACUUUCCAGAACCCGAUCGAUGCCGAUGUAAUGAUUGCGCUCACAAAGUACAACCGUAGACACUGGGCGAAAGAGUUGGCCAUGUAUAAGCCAGUUGAGACAGCGCCUGGUCCUCAGUAUCAGACUGACGAGCAAAUCAUCCAGGGUGGCAUUGAGCAGGGAACUCUUCGGCCCAGCUUCGCGCACCCAAGUGGAGGAUGCAGUAUGAUGCCAGAAUCCUUGGGUGGCUGUGUGAGCAAUGAGUUGUUGGUAUACGGCGUCCAGAAGUUAAGCGUUGUCGAUGCCAGUAUCAUACCUAUGAUUCCGGCUGCGCAUCUACAGGCCACCAUGUAUGCGAUCGCCGAAAAAGCAGCAGACAUCAUAAAGAAGAGAGCUUGA